AUGUCUCGAGAAGUGGCGAAAGCGGCUAAAUCCGCGUCGAACGCCAUCGCUAUUCACAAGAAAUACACCGUCCAGUCGACUGGUAUCUGGGAAGUGAUCCGACGCACACUGGCCGUGGACCCUACCCGAUCGACUGGUGUCCCAUUGAACCCUCAAUUCCGUAACCCACCACCCGGUGCUCUACCACCUCAAUCAUACGACGACCCCGUCACUCUCCCCGCCGCCGACCUCGCAGACAACCCUUACUGGAAGCGCGAUGUCCGCCGCAACUACCCUCAGCUCAGCGUUUUCAGCCAAGGUGACGUUGCCGGACUUUUGACCUUUGGAAACAAGCAGGCGCCUAAGGAAGAUGUUCUCCAGCUUGGAGAGGCCGGUGAGAAGCAACUAGUUGCUGCCAAGCAGGAGGGAGAAGAUAAGGGAUUGGCAGCAUACUUUGAGAAAGAUAAGAGCAGUGUCAAAAGCAUUUUGGGACCUGAUGGUUUGCCACCUCUUCCCGCCAGACUCAACAACUCGGCCAAGUACGAAUUGGGAUCUGGUCAGGGAUACCCAGAGAAAUACCCGUGCCGCACAUUUGUUUAG